AUGCCUGGGAUGACGACCCGUGCCGGGCGGCCUGUUGAAAUACCCAUCAGCUAAUGCCGCCAUAUUUGGUUGGUAGUUGGAGGAGCCCCCUCCGGUGGGCAGAAGUGGAGGAUGGGGAUGGGAAUUGCCUGGCAGCUAUUGUCGCUCAAGAGGAGCCUUGUGCCUGGGAAAAAGCAGAGACAGCCGUCACCGGCAAUGGGCAUAGAUAAAGCAAAUAGAGCAAACUUGUUCCACACAUUGUGGACCAUUCCAGAUGAGAUGGCUAUGGAGAUCGGGAUGGGGAUGGGUAACCUGUGUUGGGCAGCCCUCGAUGACGGGGGCCUCCACGAACGAGUGGGCGACGAGACAAGACAAGGCGGUCCAGAAAUGUGGGAUAAGUUGGGUGGAGUGGUGGAGUGGUGGAGUCCGUCCAGCGCUGCGAGUGAAGUGCCCGAGAUGCCCCCAAUUCCCCCGCCAACUUACAACUCCCCUCCGCCCGCCAUAUCGCCACUCGGAAUGUCUUUCAAAACGGUAUCACAUGCACAAAACACUUUUCCUCUUGCCACACACAAUCAUAUUUAAAAGUUAAAUGCUUCACUAAACAAUAAGCCAGAGCGGCCAACUGGCCGAGAGAUGCGAAUGGAAUGGCACUGGGAAAAAAGGGGUGCUGAUU